CCACCAUGCACCGGGAGAAACUGAAGGCGCCUUUUACAGCAAGUUUACAGCCCAUGCAUGUCAACAAGGAGGAGGGAAGAGGCUCUGCUAACAUUAGAAACAUCUAAUGCGUGCAUAUAACAGCCCACUGCUUUUGUGGAAUAAUCCGUCUGUGUCUUAUUCCUCCGUGUAGCGUCCUUUGACGGUUCAUCACACCGACAUGGCUCCGUUCAGCUUAAUGACAGCCAGUGUUAGCUGGCUGGCUAAGUCCUUCAGUGUUCUCUCCCGCACAAGCACCCUGGCAAGGUGCACCAGUGUCCUCUCAGCUGCAUACGUCAACCCAGUCAAAUGUCUGACCUCUCAGGCCUCUCCUCCAAAGAGACCUCCGAACGGAUACUUGAGAUAUGUAAUGCAACAGAAGCCAAUCAUCACCAGACACCAACCAGAGAUCAAAUCAGUGGACGUCAUCAGGAUGCUCGGUCAGCAGUGGAGAGCAUUGACCCCGGAACAGAAACGGCCUUUUCAGGAAGCCUAUCAGCAGGCUAGAGAGCAGUUUAAGGUGGACUUCGAGCGCUACCAGGCCCAGCUAACCCCAGUACAGGUCCGGCAACAAGCCUUGGAAAAGAGCCAGAGGCUGGCCAAGAGGAAGGCCAGUCGCAAAAAAAGGGAGUUAAAGACUCUGGGGAAGCCGAAGCGUUCACGCACUGCAUUCAAUAUUUUCAUGUCCGAGCACUUUUUGGAGGCCAAAGGAAGCAACUCACAGGAAAAGAUGAAGUCACUAUUGCAGGAGUGGCGGAAUAUGUUGGGUCAUCAGAAACAGGUCUACAGACAGCUGGCUGAGGAUGACAGAAUCCGCUACAAGAAUGAGAUGAAGUCGUGGGAGGAGCACAUGAUUGAGAUUGGACGAGAUGAUGUGAUCCAAGAGCGGGCACUGCCUCCUAAGGACAAAGCUCCUCCUAAGAAAGGAAUAAAAAAGCUUAACGCCAAAGCUAAAGCAGUGAAGAAUACCACCGGCAAAGGAAAGGUCAAAACAAUUGAGAAGAUGACACACAGUAGCUCUACCAAAACUGCCAGGACUACCAAGAAAACAUAAGAUGAGUUUACCUACUGAGUCCAGAGGAAAAACAGAGUGCUAAUGACAGCUGAAGAUACAAGUUGUUGUGACCCAGGACUCUGCUCUGCCUCUUGUUUUCUCUGACUUCAACCUCAGAAAGUUGCCAGUGGUCAUAAAUGCUUCAUAGGUUCAACAGGGCAGAGCCUUUCCAGCAUUCAGACAGAUCCAGAUCAUAUCACAAACACGCAGUAUCUCUUCUCUUCAGUGAAAUUAACCCCAAAAGCAGACAAACACACCUUGGCUGUGAUUGGUCAGUUGAAUUCAUCCAAAUCAUGUAGAGUGGGAUCGUUUUACGCUUAGAAAGUGAGAUACUCGAUAAAAAGUAAUGAUUUCAGAAGCUUAGACAUUUGAGUGAAGUGUUAGUCCUUAUAAGAGGCACAGAGACUGUUUAUUCUUCCAGAGCUCUGAGUGGAACACAAUAUAUCUAAAGGGAAUGGAAAGGUUGGCUGUUAUUCUGUAUUUGUUCUCGUCAACAAAUCCAUGCAAAUUCUAAAACCAACAGUGUGUUAGUUUGCCUAAUUAGCCUAAUUUACAAAACCCAUUGUUUCCUGCAGCUUCUCACCUCCAAAUAUAGAUGUUUUGUGGGACCCGUCACUGUGUUUAGAGGCUUCUCAGCUCCCAAACACGUUUUUUUCAGUGACCUGUCAGUGAUUUUCUUGUGGGAAUAGUGUCAAGACAAGCAAUUAUUUUUUACAAAGACAUUGCUGCAUUUCUAGCAGCGUUUCAGCCCCCAGAUACAGGUGGUUUUUAGGGACCCGUUGUUUUGUUUCCAGUGGCUUUUUCUGUCCCCAUGUGAAUUGUUAUAGGGACCCGUCACUGUAAUUCUUCCUUUAUCUUUCAACCCCGAAACAUGGGAGGUUUUUGCAGUAUAUCUGUGGCUUUUCAGCCCUAAACCACAACAUUGUAAUUUUUUGCAAACAGGAGGAAAUAGUGCAUUUGUAGGGGACUAUAUGCAGAUGCGCAUUAAUCUAUAUUUGGUGCUCUAGUGAGCUUUUUGAGCAGCAGGACAGUGUUUGAAUCAAAAACUGCAGUGUUUAUGUUCAUGAUAAUGAACACUCAAUACAAAAAUGUGCCUCACAUGAAGUACCACAGCAUCAGAAAGUACUGAGAGAUUAAUACGUUGUUGGGUUUUGGUAUUUUUAUCGGAUUUGUUGACAAGAAGGAAAAUAUGGAACAACGGCAGUCUUAUCCUUAACAGAGUAUACAUCACCUGUGGACAUAAGCGCUCCUCACUGCAGCUCAUUGGCCAGUGCUCACCUCUUCUCUUUCUCCUCUGAGAAAAAUACCCUUUCAAACAAAUGUACAGGCAGCACUUCUCUAAAGAUCAUAGUCCCACUGUCUCCAUCAACGCAAACUGACUGAAGUCUUUGUCUCAGGGCUGCUGUUGGUUUAUCAUCACCUUGUACAGUUGCAACCUCAAACUGUGAAAUCCUGCCAUUUGUCAUUUCUAACAGAACAAUACUGACUGACAUUUUGUUUUUUUAUUAAACAUCAAUUGUUCUGAAUGAUGCAAGCUCCAUAUGAGAUGCUUCUUGUUCUGAUAACUACUGUAAAAAGCUUUCAGGAUCCAUAAUAAAGUUCUCCUUAUUCCUACAGCGCCUUCAUCCAAAU